UUCCCAUAUAAUUCCUGCUUACCUACGAAAAUUUUACAUAUUCCAAUUUGACUGUCUUUCUCUCAAAAUGGACUCGAGCAAAAUCUCAGCUCUCCUCCUCAUUUGCAUGCUUUUCAUUUCAUCAGCCACUCCAAUUCUUGGCUGUGGUUCCUGUGGCAAGGCACAGCCAAAACAUAAGAGAAAGUCCCCUGAAGGCCCCAUUACUAUCCCUCCCAUUGUUAAAACUCCAAUCAACUUGCCACCAGUUACUGUCCCUCCAAUUGUAAAACCACCGGUGACCGUCCCUCCAGUGACAGUUCCUCCAAUUGUCAAGCCACCAAUUAACCUCCCUCCUGUGACGGUUCCUCCAGUGACUGUCCCUCCAAUUGCAAAACCCCCAGUGAACAUCCCUCCAGUGACAGUUCCACCAAUCGUGAAGCCACCAAUUAACCUCCCUCCUGUGACAGUUCCUCCAGUGACUGUACCUCCAAUUGUGAAGCCACCGAUUAAACUCCCUCCAGUGGCAAUUCCUCCGGUGACAGUGCCUCCAAUUACUAAGCCACCAAGUGGAAAACCCUGCCCACCUCCACCAUUCAAGGCCACUUGCCCUGUUGACACACUAAAAUUGGGUGCUUGUGUGGAUCUCCUUGGAGGUUUGGUGCACAUUGGCCAUGGUGACACAGUUGUGAAUGCAUGCUGUCCACUUCUUUCAGGACUUGUUGAGCUCGAAGCUGCAGUCUGCUUGUGCACCACUCUCAAGCUCAAGCUUCUCAACCUUAACUUUUAUGUGCCACUUGCUCUUCAGCUCCUUGUCACUUGUGGGAAGACACCUCCUUCCAGUUAUACUUGCUCUCUCUAG